AUGUCGAACUACACAGAAUCUAUAAAGGCUCAGAGUGAGAGUCUUCUUGCAACAGCUCAGCAAGGGUUAGACAAGGCUAAAGAGUAUGCAGAUUAUGAUAAAGCUUCUGGCAUUGUAUUUCCUCAUCCAUUGGGGAAAGUCGGACCAUUUCCUCUCAGAAAAAUGGUGACCAUUACUGCAUCAGUAUCAUUAGCAUUUUCAAUAUUUCAAAUUCUAACAGCAAUGAGUUUACCAGGACUGAUUACGGCUGCUGCAAGGUUCGGAAUUGGUAUAAUUGGGCUUUUAUCAGCAUAUCAAAAGGAAGAAUUUAUAGCCAAAGUAUUUGCCUAUGCUCAGGCACUCCUGUUAAUAGUCAGUUCUCUAUUACUGCUUACAGCAGUAUUAUUUGCGCUACUAAGAAUGGGCUUCUCAAUUUUUUCAUUUGUUGUCCUAAUUAUAGCUCUUCUUGCAGUGGCUUUUGAUUACUUUGCUGCAUGGAUUGCAAGCUCAUAUUAUGAAGCAUUAAGAAGAGGUGUUAGUGUUGAAUCAGAGGCAUAA